AUGUACAUUCCUAUGGAACCAGAAGUGAGUGAUUCACGAUUUUUCCAUAACCUAACCUUGAGUGAAAUGGAUUAUAAAGUUGGAAGCUUAGCCGAUUUAAUUUCCGGCACUCGUAACGCUGCAUCAGACAAGCAAAGUGUUGUGUAUGUACCAUUUCAAAAUGAGAAAACUACGCCUACAGAAGUGACUAAGAAAUCUGCUUCAGUUGGCAAAAAACGAAAAGUAAACUGGAAUGAAGAAACCCUUCAAAGUGGAAAAAGGAAGAAAGUAUUUUCAGAAGAAGUUACCGAGGAAGAGGUUGAAGAGGAUGAUUGUGAAGAUGAGAAAUUGUCCACUCGACCGCCCAAACGUCGUAAGCGAAAGAUAAAACUUGAUGAGAAACAAGAAUUACGGACAGUAUUUGUUAAAAAUAUUCCACAUUUCGUAGAUAAAAAGAGACUAAAGAAAAAGUUCAAGAGAUAUGGAACUAUUGAAUGUAUUCGUUUUCGAUGUGCUCCUCAGGGAGACACUAGAAUUCCGAAGAAAGUUACAGUAAUUAAGAAAGAAUUUCAUCAAGAAAGGACUAAUAUAAGUGCUUUUAUUCGAUUUUAUGAAAAAGAAUCUGUUGACAAAGCUUUAGAAGCAAAUGGUUCAUUAAUUGAAGGUCAUCAUAUAUUUGUAGACAGAGCUAUGAAGAACAAAAAUCAUGAUCAAAACAAAGCAAUAUUUUUAGGAAAUGUCCCGUUUGCUGCUGAGGAAAAUGAAAUUUGGAACAUAUUUGCAGAAUGUGGUGAAAUUGAAGAUAUCAGAAUUGUGCGUGAUAGAGAAACAGGACUUGGAAAAGGUUUUGCUUUUGUCAAUUUUAAGAGUUCAGAUGCAGUGGAACUUGCAGUACACUUUCAAGGAAUAAAAUUGAGAGAAAAGGAGCUUCGUGUGAUGAGAGUAACAAAGAAAUUAAAACAGACUUCCAAUCAACAAAAGAAUAAUAUGAUUAGGUCGAACAAAAAAACAUUGAAAGGAAUUGGGCACGAUAAAAAUUGGAGAAAUAACCAGAAAAAUCUUGAGAAAAAGGCAUUGAAGGAGAAAACAUUUUCAAAUGAAUAUAUUAAUAGAAAAGAGGGGAAAAGGUUCACAAGUAAGAAUCAAAGUUUUAACCAGGUAGAUAAAAGUGAAAUAUUUCCUGUUGAAUCGAUAAAAAAACAGAGUAUUUCAAGGCAGUCAUUUCAGGGACAAACAUUAUCAGAUACAAAGAAGGGAAUCGAUAUCUGCCAUAAAAAUGACCGCAAGGUUCGGCGAACCGAACCGAAAUCACAGGAUGUGUAUUUACGUUUACUUGUUAAGCUCUAUCGCUUUUUGGCCAGGAGAACGCGUAAUAAGUUCAAUAAGAUAGUGAUGAAGAGGCUUUUUAUGUCUAGGAUUAAUAGACCAGCUAUUUCACUGGCCCGCAUUUCUCGUUUCAUGAAGAAACCCAAUAGGGAGAAAUUGACGGCUGUGGUCGUUGGUACUGUUACUGACGAUCAGAGGAUUUACACUGUACCGAAGUUGAAGAUUUGUGCAUUGCGAUUCACGGAGAAAGCUCGAGCACGUAUUUUGAGGAAUGGUGGACAGAUCAUGACAUUUGAUCAGUUGGCUGUAAAGCACCCGUUGGGGAAGAAAACUGUUCUUAUGCAAGGCCGCAGAAAUGCUCGUGAAGCUUGCAAACAUUUUGGCCGUGCACCAGGUGUGCCUCACAGUCACACUAAGCCUUAUGUACGUUCCAAGGGACGCAAAUUUGAGCGUGCUCGUGGUCGAAGGCGUAGCUGUGGUUACAAGAAGUAAGCUGAUAUUGAUGUUAUUGGUUGUAACCAUUUGCUUUGGUAAAUAAAAAAUUAUAUCUACAUACAUGUUCAUUGUUUUAUGGUAGAUAUUGCCACACCUUCACUCUGUCCUUUCAUAAAAAUGUUGUAUUUGGGAAGAAAUUAAAUCAUUUUUGUAUUCAUUCAGAUAUUUUGUUUUCUUGGUGAGACUAGCUGUUCUUUAAC